AUGGGAACGUUAGCCCUCGGUAUCAAUAUGCCUUGUAAGACAGUUGUCUUCUCGGGUGAUUCGGCUUUUCUGCCAGCCCUUGACUAUCGGCAAGCAGCUGGUCGAGCUGGUCGUCGUGGGUUCGGCUUCCUGGGAAACGUUGUCUUCCGAGGAGUCACCUAUCCAAAGGUCUGUCGCUUGCCCAGUUCGAGGCUUCCAGAUCUCAACGGACAUUUUUCGAUUACGACCAGCUUAGUCCUAUAUUUGUUCCUCCUGCUUCAUGAUUCUAAGCAAGCCUCAUACGCUGUGAAAGCGAUCAACUCAAUCCUUCCAUGCCCACGUAUCUACAUUGGCGGGCCAGAGUCAAAAUAUACAGUUCUUCACCAUCUCCGUUUCUCUGUUGAAUACCUUCGGCGCAACUACUUUUUGGACCAAGGCGGAGCACCACUGAAUUUCUCCAACACAAUAGCCCACCUCUAUAGCACUGGGAAUUCCAGCUUUGCCUUCCGCGCGCUGCUCAGUGGGGUUUACUUCCAUGACCUUCGCAGAGACAUCCGCCAUAAACCUAAGCAAGUGCUUUUGACACUAAUGCUGGUCAUGUCACACUUAUUCGGCCGCCAUAACCUCAGACCAGCUAUCUUAGAAUCGCAACAGAUAACAACCAAAAGCUCACCGUCAUUGGUAAUCCACCCCCCAAUGCCCAAGAAGUCAGCGCGAACUCUGCACGCAGACUGCUUUCUACCUUUAACCAACUUCAAAUGUAGAGGCGAUACACCGGCCAAGGAUAUCACCCCAUCAAUGCCAUUCCUCCCUCCAACAAAAGUGUAUUCUGCCUUCGUCGCCCUAUCCGGUCGCCGCGACAAAUGGAACAGUAUCCCUGAGCUCUGCGAAAACGUCCGAAGCGGGGUAUGGCUCGAGCAAGCCGUUGUCCCUUACGUUGAAUUGUACCUUCAGGAAAGAAAUAUCCUCUUGAACGCGUACCUACUCGACUUCUUCAAGCAUGGCAAUGUGCACGCCCUCGAAAAGGACAAUAGGAUCCGCAAGGGUGACAUUUGGUUUGUUCUAAACGACUUUUCUCUCGUUUUGGCUACCAUCGUGACUAGCCUUGAGAACUUCCUCAAAUUAUCCCCUAGCACUGACCCCCAUCUAUUAGACAUUAUGGGUAGUGGCGACGUCCAUGAAGAAGAGUUAGAUAUUAGUCUCGCAAGAGAAGAAGUCUUCGAGCCCAAAGAUAAGACUCCCAAGUCAAGCAGAAAUCAGAAAAUGGGACUUCCAAAACAACCUCUUCCGUCCAUGCUGGCCAAAGCUUAA